AUGGCACAACCCCUCCUCCUCAUCGGCCAGGCGGCCGUCUGCGGCUACGUGUUAGCCCAGUGUGGUGGCAAGAAGAAAGGAGACGACGAUGUGCUUUUUUGUUAUCUCAGGCUUGCCUCCGUUCGGAUUUCCGUUACCGAUAUUGUCAUUCAGGAAGGAGACAGCAGCGCAAGCGCUCCCCCUAGCGCUCCUCCCGGUGCCCCUCCUGGCGCGGCAAAAUCGAAGCCUGGCACGCCCGGGAAAGCGCCUGCCGCGGCCGGCGGCGGUGGCGGCGCCGCCCCGGCUGCGCCACCUGCUAACGCGCCGAAAGCGCCGGCACAGGGCGGCAUUGCCGGAACCCACGACCCGAACUAUCAGACGCUUGCUGGCGUCGGCGGCGAGGUUUUCGGGGCCGACAAGAAGGCUGGUGGAGGAGGCGGUGCUGCUCCUGCUCCUGCAGCUGGAGGCGGCCCGAAGGCCCCGGCUGCUGGCGGCAUCGCUGGUACCCACGAUCCGAACUACCAGACGCUGGCUGGUGUCGGGGGCGACUGCUUUGGCGCCGACAAGAAGGCGGCUGGCGGCGGUGGCGGCGGAGGAGGUGGCGGCGGUGGCGCUGGUCCGAAGGCCCCAGCGGCCGGUGGAAUCGCUGGUACCCACGACCCGAACUACCAGACGCUGGCUGGCGUUGGCGGCGACUGCUUCGGCGCCGACAAGAAGGCCGCUGGUGGAGGUGGCGGCGGAGGUGGUGGAGGCGCGGGCCCGAAGGCGCCGGCUGCUGGCGGCAUUGCUGGCACCCACGACCCCAACUACCAGACCCUCGCCGGCGUCGGCGGUGACUGUUUCGGGGCCGACAAGAAGGGC